CGGAAGCGGCGAGGGCGGCGGGCGUCCGGCUCUGAGGUGGAGGCGGCGGCGGCGGCUCCGGACUGGGCUCGGCUGGGAGCGAGCGAGAGUCGGGGGCGCCGGGUCGAGCGCCGAUCCCCCGGCGCGACCGUCCGCCCGCCGCCCGGACGCCUGGGCCGCGGAGUUUGUGCCCCGGCUCGGACCCCGGCGCCCAGCCCGGAGCCGUAACCUUGAGGCGGCGGCGGCGGCGGCGGCGGGGCCGGGCCGGGCCGGGCCGGGGGGCGGCGGCGGCGCUGGAUCUGCGGCUGCCCGAUCGUUGGCGGGAGAUGUCGAACCCCGGGACGCGCAGGAACGGCUCCAGCAUCAAGAUCCGUCUGACAGUGUUAUGUGCCAAGAACCUUGCAAAGAAAGACUUCUUCAGGCUCCCCGACCCUUUUGCAAAGAUUGUUGUGGAUGGAUCUGGGCAAUGCCACUCAACGGACACUGUGAAGAACACGUUGGACCCAAAGUGGAACCAGCACUACGACCUAUAUGUUGGGAAAACGGAUUCUAUAACCAUCAGCGUGUGGAACCACAAGAAAAUUCACAAGAAGCAGGGAGCUGGCUUCCUGGGGUGUGUGCGGCUGCUCUCCAAUGCCAUCAGCAGAUUAAAAGAUACUGGAUACCAGCGUUUGGAUCUAUGCAAACUAAACCCCUCAGAUACUGAUGCAGUUCGUGGCCAAAUAGUGGUUAGUUUACAGACACGAGACCGAAUAGGCACUGGAGGGUCCGUGGUGGAUUGCAGAGGGCUGUUAGAAAAUGAAGGAACUGUGUAUGAAGACUCAGGGCCUGGAAGGCCACUCAGCUGCUUCAUGGAGGAACCAGCCCCUUACACGGAUGGCACCGGGGCUGCUGCUGGCGGGGGCAACUGCAGGUUUGUGGAGUCCCCGAGUCAAGAUCAAAGACUUCAGGCCCAGCGACUGCGGAAUCCUGAGGUCCGAGGGUCACUCCAGACGCCGCAGAACCGACCUCACGGCCACCAGUCGCCGGAGCUGCCUGAAGGCUAUGAACAGAGAACAACGGUGCAGGGGCAGGUUUACUUCCUGCACACGCAGACUGGAGUUAGCACGUGGCACGACCCCAGGAUUCCCAGUCCCUUGGGGACCAUUCCUGGGGGAGAUGAAGCUUUUCUAUACGAAUUCCUUCUACAAGGCCAUACAUCUGAGCCCAGAGACCUUAACAGCGUGAACUGUGAUGAACUUGGACCACUGCCACCUGGUUGGGAAGUCCGAAGUACAGUUUCCGGGAGAAUAUAUUUUGUAGAUCAUAAUAACCGAACAACCCAGUUUACAGAUCCAAGGUUGCACCACAUCAUGAAUCACCAGUGCCAACUAAAGGAGCCCAGCCAGCCGCUGCCACUGCCCAGUGAGGGCUCCGUGGAAGACGAGGAGCUUCCGGCCCAGAGAUACGAGAGGGAUUUAGUCCAGAAACUGAAGGUCCUCAGACACGAGCUCUCACUUCAGCAACCCCAAGCUGGUCAUUGCCGCAUCGAAGUGUCCAGAGAGGAGAUAUUUGAGGAGUCUUAUCGCCAGAUAAUGAAGAUGCGACCAAAAGACUUGAAAAAGCGGCUGAUGGUGAAAUUCCGAGGAGAAGAAGGUUUGGACUAUGGCGGGGUGGCGAGGGAGUGGCUUUACUUACUGUGCCACGAAAUGCUGAAUCCCUAUUAUGGACUCUUCCAGUAUUCCACAGACAACAUUUACAUGUUGCAAAUCAAUCCCGACUCUUCCAUCAACCCUGACCACUUGUCUUAUUUCCAUUUCGUGGGUCGGAUCAUGGGUCUGGCUGUGUUCCACGGACACUACAUAAAUGGGGGUUUCACGGUUCCCUUCUACAAGCAGCUACUGGGGAAACCCAUCCAGCUUUCUGAUUUGGAAUCGGUGGACCCAGAACUUCAUAAGAGCUUAGUGUGGAUUCUAGAGAAUGACAUCACCCCAGUGCUGGACCACACGUUCUGCGUGGAGCACAAUGCUUUCGGGAGGAUUCUUCAGCACGAACUGAAGCCCAACGGCAGGAAUGUGCCCGUCACUGAGGAGAACAAGAAAGAAUACGUCCGGCUAUAUGUAAACUGGAGGUUUAUGAGGGGGAUUGAGGCCCAGUUCCUGGCUCUUCAGAAAGGGUUCAAUGAACUCAUCCCGCAACACUUACUGAAGCCUUUCGACCAGAAGGAGCUGGAGCUGAUCAUCGGCGGCCUGGACAAGAUCGACCUGGACGACUGGAAGUCCAACACGCGGCUGAAGCACUGCGGGGCCGACAGCAACGUGGUCCGGUGGUUCUGGCAGGCGGUGGAGACCUUCGACGAGGAGAGGAGGGCCCGGCUGCUGCAGUUCGUGACGGGCUCCACGCGGGUCCCCCUCCAGGGCUUCAAGGCACUGCAAGGCUCUACAGGCGCCGCAGGGCCGCGGCUCUUCACCAUCCACCUGAUCGACGCGAACACGGACAACCUGCCCAAGGCCCACACCUGCUUUAACCGGAUUGACAUUCCACCCUACGAGUCGUACGAGAAGCUCUAUGAGAAACUGCUGACGGCGGUGGAGGAGACCUGUGGGUUUGCUGUGGAGUGACGCGUACCCCAGGGAGCAGAUGCUAGCUCAUGGCCACUGGACCCCAAGCAACAGCUCUCUGUGCGCCUCCGCGAAGCCAGCUGAGGCCCUGGAAUCCUAGAAAACCCGAGGGAAAGGCUCGUCUCCCUGCUUUUCGUUGGGGGAGUGAGGGGGGCGGGGGGACUUUGGUUGGUGGCUCCCACUCAUUUUUUUCCUCCUUCUGACAGAACCCCCACCCCUUCCAUCACCCAUCCAAUAAAACGCAGCCAGGUUUAGCACUGCUUCGGUCACACAGGAUAUUCUGCUACGGUUGUAACACUUCUGGGGACAGGCUCACUGCCCUGUGGGCUUUACAGGAGUCUCGACCCACAGUUACAGAGCUGAAUGGGGCUUCCUAAGGGCUCGUCCCUGGUAGCUGUACUAGCUCUUCUGCCUCAUGCAGACCUGAGGUUUUCAAGUUCAGCAGCUCAAAUUCCAAAUUUCACAUCCUAGCAGCCUGCUCUGAGUAGCAGAUUAAUUUCUAACUGAACAGUAACCGUAUAACAUAUGCUUAUUGGAAUCCUGCCACAGCAGGAAGCCAGCAUCAAAAUUGAGCUUUUUUGGAAAGGUGAGGGAAUCAGGGCAGCUUGUGCGGGAGGCCCACGUAUUUAUUUCUUUUCAGGGUUUCCUGGCUGGAAACUUUGUUUUGCAUAGAGAAAAAUGAUCUUUCCUUUUAAGAGUCCCUUUAGUAUCAUCUAUCCAGUUUGAAAUAUUUUUCCAGUGAAAACACCACAUAACAGAGCUUAUAAAAGAGCAGACCAAAACCAGCCUCAGGUCCACGCAGCCAGGCCCUGCUGUGCCUCCCGCCCCCACCUGGACCUGGAAGGGCAUCGACUGGGCCACCUGGAUAUAUCAAAGCAUUUUGCGGAAAGUGCUAAGAACUAAACUAACAGAACAAAACUCUGUCAUUGUAGCUGCUGGCUUGGUGCAGACUAGCUGGACAGGGAGAGAGAGAACGGAUAACCUCCAUGACCUAAAUCCACCCCCAAGUUACUGUUUUACAAAAAGUCGGUCGUGGUAGGGAACCCGACGGCAGAGGGGCGACUCCACCCUGACCCGUUCGGCCCAUUUCCCCGUCUGACGGUGACACUGACGACUGCGACUCAAGCCACUUGCCCAGACGACGAGCGAGGCCAGAGCAAGCCUCGACCCUAGAUUCCUAACACCAUUUCCCAAUUUGCACAAAAGUUCAAAUAGUAUGUUAACAGUGGUGUGAUUUAGAUAGCUAAACUUCAGCAGAAGAACAGCAGCGGCAACAAACUCUCCUGUGUGGUUUUUGGUUGUUUUUGUCUGGGAGGCACGUGCAGGGUAAUUCGAGACAUUUCACUGUUGAAGUUUUGUUGUUGAAGUUUCUGAGUUUAGUGCUGGGAUCCAGCUGUGGGUCUGAGGUGGGUUUGGAAGGAGCUUUUUGGCCGACCGUCUUGUCUGUUCUUUUUGUUACUAAUACCUGUGGACAGUCCUGGGUUUGGAGGCGUAGUUACCCUCUGCAUCUUGCUGUGGUUCUUCUGCUUGACCGGGAAGCAGCCAGUGGUCUGACGUUUGGCGGGCCGCCGACUGCCGGCUGGGGGUUCCAGGGGCGAGAGGAAGCCGCUGCUUCUGGGCAACGUGCUGAGGUUCUAGAAGAGGAAUGAUGCCGUUGGCUGCAAAAGGAGAGUGUAACCUAUUCAGGAAUGUCCAGGGCAGAUGGUGGGCUGAGUCUUUCCAAAGUCCUGCCUCGCCUGGCGGGCUUCUCCUGUGUCUCGUUUACCGUGAUGCUUUCUGGGCGUCCUGGCAGCUGGCUCCCGUGGGUCUUCCUCUGGAGGAGUGAGGAAAUGAAUGAGACAGACAGACCCCCACUCUCCCCCGCCAGACAGCUCUCUGUAAUGUGGACCUAAACCGGGAGGAGGGGACGUCCACCUGGGGACUGAGCGGGGAAGGCCCACAUGGUUUUCCUGUGGUGUCGGCCAAAACCUGCAGUAAAUCAGAAAGGAAACAAGGGUCUAAUUGUUGAAAGCAGGAGGGUGGCAUCUGCCUUCUUCAGAACUAGCCUUCUGCUGAUGGGGAGAGAGCUGGUGGGGCGGGGGGAUGCCCCACCAGCCCCAGGCUGCCCUCACGUGUCAGGUGUCACCGCAGCCAGAUCCAGAGGGUCACAUCCUGGCUCCUCCAUGGGCUGUUGGGGACACGCAUUACCUGCCUGCAAGGCCUGGGUCUCUGCUUUCCUGCUGGGACGUGGGCACCUCACCAGCUGUGUGGGUUGUCAACGGAGCCUGGCAGAGCAGGACCUUCCAGAGCUCCAGGUCACUCUUGCCAAAUGGGCACUGCCCUAGAACCAUAACUGUCCACAGUGGAUUGGGAGGUUUGACCAUCCCCCCACCCCCCCUCCCCCCCACCAAAGACCAGCACGGUGAGCCGUGGGUUAUCCUCCUUUGGGUCUGUGUGAGCCCCCAUCUGUCGCCCUCCUCGGGAACCCCAGUGACCCACCUGGUCCCCUCGCCUCCUGCCUAGACGCUUCAGGGCCCGACUUUCAGGCUUGCCUCACCAGCGGUCAUCAGCCGACCCUCAGGGAUGUAGCAAACCACCGCUCUGCCAGUGCUUUAGGAAGAACGCAGGGGCCGCGGGGUGACAGGAGCAGGGCUUGCCUGCGUGUGGUCCAGACCCAGGUCAGGUGGUCCUCCAACCCGAGCUGUCCGAGAACACGCCCCCGCCCCUCCUGCAGCCAGGUGUGUGCCACACGGCAGCCUUCCCAAAACAUAGUAUGAAUUUUUAAAAUUUGUUUAUUUUUGUUUCUCAACCACUUUAUAAUGUAUUUUUUAAUUUAUUUUGUAAUGUCUUGUUUUUAAGUAUUGCUGCUAUCCUU